UAGUUAGUGUCAUGCAGUUCGAUUUUGUUUGCAGUGACAUUAUCAAUUUGUUUUAAAUAAAAGUAAAGAGAGUAAAGCUAAUCCCUAGUGAUUAUUCAAUACGAAAUAUAUUUAACGAGAAACGUUUUAUGCAUGAGAAGCGGUAAUUAUUUCCUAACUUGUAAACAUUUGAAGUGCUAUCUAAUACAAUAUAAUAAAGAAAUAUGUAUUGCUUCUCAGUAAGUCACGUGAUUCGAAAAGCAAAUAUUCACAUGAUUAUUUUCUCAAUGCUGUUAUUCCAAAUAUGUUUGGGAAGUAAUGUAGAUUUCAGAGAAUGUUAUGGAACUCGUAUUCACCCUUCUGUAACUGGCAUUCCAGAAGAUGACAAAUUGAUUCAAAUAUCAAACAUCCGAUCUCAAAUUCAGUGCCUUUCUCAAUGUAUGAUACACUCCAAAUGUACUAUGAUUAUUUACAGCGUUUCCUAUAAAGUAUGUAUUCUACGUAAAAUCAAGCAAUUACCUGUUGCCUCAUCAUUCAUCGAAAUUCCUCCAAACAGUAUUUACACCAUACUACAAGCACCUGAAUGCCCUAUAUCAGCCGGCUACAUUUACCAACCAGAAUUUAGAUUAUGUUUUCGACUAAGUUUAGAGAAAAAAACAUGGAAUCAAGCUGCAGAUGAUUGCAAUAUGAAUCGAGGACAACUUAUGCACGCGGAAAAUGAAGAAAUAAUGAAGUAUCUACAAACGGUAUUGGAAAAAUGGCCAAACGACAAUUUCUAUUUUGGAUUGUGUAAAGACAUUAAGAAAGGCGUCUUUCUAUGGCAGAAUGGAGAAGCACCUACGUAUGAUUUCUGGAGGGCGAGUAGACCUGACAACUAUGGGGGCAAUCAGCACUGUGUACGUUUAGACCCAAAAAGUAAUCACGAAUGGAAUGAUCAUCCUUGCGACAGGGACAGUGAGAGAUAUAUAUGCGAGAUAGUCAUGUGAUAAAUGUGUAGCUGGAAGAACCUUAAUUACACACACACAC